AUGGAACAGGAGAUUCGCGUUGAAGGAAGACUGAACUCCGCCGUGGGCCAUGUUAUAGAGGGCAUGCAAUUCCAAGAAGAUCACGAAUAUCGUAUUCUUGGAAAUACCGAGGUGAACUCCGUUCUUCUUGGCAUUUUCGCUCGCUAUACAAACGGUAUCAAGGCUUUCAGUGCCAUUGAGUUCCAGAUUGCCCUGCACGCCUGGCUGGUUGCCGUUCAAUAUUGCGUUCCUCCCCUGUCAUGGUCGACUUUCCUGAUCGAUAUCAUGCAAGAGUUUGUGUCAAUCUCAUACUGGAGCGAAAUUCGCCGUAUCUUCCAGCGUUUUGGGUCUGACAUCCAGCCCCUUGCCGAAAAACUCGUUGUCCAGCUCCUGAUUGAUCUGGGGAUUCCAGAUAUAAUCCGUGAGCUCCAUAAUGAGUACCCGCAUGGGUAUUUUAAAACGCAAUGGGGGUACACGAGGUUUCACGCUGAGGGUGUCACUAUCAUGCGACGAUCUCAAUGCCCUGAUCCCAUUAUCAAAAGGGAAGAUGACAAUGACUCCAAUCGAAUCGACCCCUCAAUUAGGGAAGACGGUAAUCGUGAGAAUGAGCACCCAGUGAGCAGACCCUUCCCCGAUGAACUUUCACUUCUGCGAUCCCGGGUGGGCCAACUGGAGCAAGCAGUUCAUGGGGAGCCGCCAGACUCAGCAUUCAAUAUCCAUGCAGAAGCAACCGAGCGCCUGUUUUUGCUCGGAUAUCAUGCCGAUGUGACGCAUGAUCGGUUGCUCAUGCUGUUUGAAUCCGUCCAAGAGAUGAUCGCGAUUCUCCAAAACUUGGACCACCGCAUUCGGGCCUUGGAGGAGAGGGGUAGAGAAAGCAGAGAAUGA